AAGCCGAGCUGGGUCGGCGGCGACGGCGCCAGCGAGGUUCCCGAGCCGGGUCCCCUCGUGCGGCCCGACCCGCCCUCUCCCCUCAUCCCCGGCCCCGCGGCCUUAGCCUCAGUCCCAGGAGUCUCCGGGUGCAGCCGCCCCGCAGCCGCCACCAUGGUGAAGGAGCAGUUCCGCGAAACGGAUGUGGCCAAGAAAAUAAGCCACAUUUGUUUUGGGAUGAAGUCACCUGAAGAAAUGCGCCAGCAGGCUCACAUCCAGGUUGUUAGUAAGAACCUGUACAGUCAGGACAAUCACCACUCUCCCCUGCUUUAUGGAGUUCUUGAUCAUAGGAUGGGUACAAGUGAGAAGGAUCGUCCUUGUGAAACGUGUGGGAAGAAUUUAGCAGAAUGUUUGGGACAUUAUGGAUACAUUGACUUGGAAUUGCCGUGUUUUCAUGUGGGAUACUUCAAAGCUGUUAUAGGUGUUCUGCAGAUGAUCUGUAAAACUUGCUGCCACAUUAUGCUGUCCCAGGAAGAAAGAAAACAAUUUUUAGAUUACCUAAAAAGGCCUGGGCUCACUUACCUACAGAAAAGAGGGCUCAAAAAGAAAAUCUCAGAUAAAUGCAAGAAAAAGAACACUUGUCAUCAUUGUGGAGCUUUUAAUGGUACCGUGAAGAAAUGUGGCUUGUUGAAGAUCAUUCAUGAGAAGUACAAGACCAAUAAAAAAGUAGUGGAUCCUGUUGUGUCCAGUUUCCUUCAGUCAUUUGAAACUGCCAUUGAACAUAACAAAGAAGUAGAGCCCCUCCUAGGGAGAGCGCAGGAAAAUUUGAAUCCAUUGGUGGUCCUGAACUUAUUUAAAAGAAUCCCAGCUGAAGAUAUCCCUCUCCUUCUAAUGAACCCAGAAGCAGGGAAGCCCUCCGACUUGAUCCUUACACGCCUUUUGGUGCCUCCUUUGUGCAUCAGGCCCUCCGUUGUGAGCGAUCUGAAGUCUGGCACAAAUGAAGAUGACUUGACCAUGAAAUUGACAGAAAUCAUCUUCCUUAAUGAUGUUAUCAAGAAGCACCGGAUAUCAGGUGCCAAAACACAGAUGAUCAUGGAAGACUGGGACUUUCUGCAGCUCCAGUGCGCCCUCUACAUCAAUAGUGAACUCUCAGGCAUACCCCUCAAUAUGGCGCCCAAGAAAUGGACCAGAGGCUUUGUGCAGCGACUGAAAGGAAAACAAGGUCGCUUCAGAGGAAAUCUCUCUGGAAAAAGGGUAGACUUUUCUGGCAGAACAGUCAUCUCACCUGACCCCAAUCUCCGAAUAGAUGAAGUAGCUGUGCCAGUUCAUGUGGCCAAAAUAUUAACCUUUCCAGAGAAGGUAAAUAAAGCAAAUAUCAAUUUUAUGAGGAAACUCGUUCGAAAUGGGCCCGAAGUUCACCCAGGAGCCAACUUUAUUCAGCAACGACACAUGCAAAUGAAAAGGUUUCUGAAGUAUGGAAAUCGGGAGAAGAUGGCCCAAGAGCUCAAGUACGGUGACAUAGUAGAGAGACAUCUCAUAGAUGGUGAUGUGGUGCUAUUCAAUCGACAGCCUUCACUACACAAAUUGAGCAUCAUGGCUCACUUAGCAAGAGUCAAACCUCACCGGACCUUCAGAUUUAACGAAUGUGUGUGCACGCCCUACAACGCUGAUUUUGAUGGUGAUGAGAUGAACCUUCAUCUUCCUCAGACUGAAGAAGCCAAAGCAGAGGCUCUUGUUCUGAUGGGGACAAAAGCAAAUCUGGUAACACCAAGAAAUGGGGAACCACUAAUUGCUGCUAUUCAGGAUUUCUUGACAGGUGCCUAUCUUCUUACUCUUAAAGAUACAUUCUUUGAUCGCGCUAAAGCUUGUCAGAUCAUUGCUUCUAUUCUGGUUGGCAAGGAUGAGAAAAUUAAAGUUCGCCUUCCACCCCCUACAAUCCUAAAGCCUGUUACCCUGUGGACUGGAAAACAAGUCUUCAGCCUCAUACUUCAGCCCAGUGAUGAGAAUCCCGUGAGAGCUAACCUUCGAACAAAGGGCAAGCAGUACUGUGGCAGAGGGGAGGACCUCUGUGUUAAUGACUCCUAUGUGACCAUCCAGAACAGCGAAUUAAUGAGUGGCAGUAUGGACAAAGGAACUUUAGGGUCUGGAUCCAAGAACAACAUCUUCUACAUUUUGCUGAGAGAUUGGGGGCAGAUUGAAGCUGCUGAUGCAAUGUCACGGCUCGCCAGGCUGGCUCCUGUUUAUCUGUCUAACCGAGGCUUCUCAAUUGGGAUCGGUGAUGUCACACCAGGCCAGGGACUGCUAAAGGCCAAGUAUGAAUUACUGAAUGCCGGCUACAAGAAAUGUGAUGAAUACAUCGAAGCCUUGAACACAGGCAAGCUGCAGCAGCAGCCCGGGUGCACUGCGGAGGAGACGUUAGAGGCUUUAAUCCUUAAGGAGCUCUCUGUGAUCCGAGACCAUGCCGGCAGCGCUUGCCUCCGAGAGCUGGAUAAGAGCAAUAGCCCCCUUAUCAUGGCCCUUUGUGGCUCGAAAGGUUCUUUCAUUAACAUAUCACAGAUGAUUGCUUGUGUGGGACAGCAAGCUAUCAGUGGCUCGCGAGUGCCAGAUGGUUUUGAGAAUAGAUCCUUACCUCACUUUGAGAAGCACUCAAAGCUUCCAGCUGCCAAAGGUUUUGUUGCUAAUAGCUUUUAUUCUGGUUUGACACCGACGGAAUUUUUCUUCCACACAAUGGCUGGCCGAGAAGGGCUGGUUGACACUGCUGUCAAGACAGCUGAGACAGGAUAUAUGCAGAGAAGGCUUGUGAAAUCUCUCGAAGAUCUCUGCUCACAAUAUGACCUUACUGUCCGAAGCUCGACUGGUGAUAUUAUCCAAUUUAUUUAUGGUGGUGAUGGCUUGGAUCCUGCAGCCAUGGAGGGAAAAGAUGAGCCCUUGGAGUUCAAAAGAGUGCUCGAUAACAUCAAAGCAGUCUUCCCAUGCCGGAGUGAACCAGCCCUCAGUAAAAACGACCUGGUGCUAACGACUGAGUCCAUCAUGAAGAGAAGUGAGUUCCUCUGCUGCCAGGACAGCUUUCUUCAGGAAAUAAAAAAAUUUAUCAAAGUUGUUUCUGAGAAGAUCAAGAAGACCAGAGAUAAAUAUGGCAUCAACGACAAUGGAACAACAGAGCCACGCGUGUUGUACCAGUUGGAUCGGAUCACUCCAACCCAGAUAGAAAAGUUUCUUGAGACCUGUAGGGACAAAUACAUGAGGGCACAGAUGGAGCCUGGUUCUGCAGUGGGCGCACUCUGUGCUCAGAGCAUUGGCGAGCCUGGCACACAGAUGACCCUGAAGACCUUCCACUUUGCAGGUGUUGCCUCCAUGAACAUCACUCUGGGUGUGCCCCGCAUCAAAGAAAUCAUCAAUGCCUCCAAAGCCAUCAGCACUCCAAUUAUCACAGCCCACCUAGACAAGGAUGAUGACGCCGACUAUGCCCGUCUUGUGAAAGGACGAAUAGAGAAAACCCUCUUGGGAGAGAUUUCUGAGUACAUCGAAGAAGUCUUUCUCCCCGAUGACUGUUUUAUUCUCGUCAAGCUCUCCCUGGAGCGCAUUAGACUUCUGAGGUUGGAGGUGAAUGCUGAAACUGUGCGCUACUCCAUCUGCACAUCGAAGCUCCGAGUGAAGCCUGGAGAUGUGGCCGUUCAUGGGGAGGCCGUGCUCUGCGUUACCCCCAGAGAGAAUAGCAAGAGCUCCAUGUACUAUGUGCUGCAGUUUCUGAAAGAAGACCUUCCAAAGGUCGUGGUACAAGGUAUCCCAGAGGUGGCAAGAGCCGUGAUCCAUAUUGAUGAGCAGAGUGGAAAGGAGAAGUACAAGCUGCUGGUGGAGGGUGACAACCUCCGGGCCGUCAUGGCCACACACGGUGUCCAGGGCACCAAGACGACUUCCAAUAACACCUACGAGGUAGAGAAAACCUUGGGCAUUGAAGCUGCUCGAUCAACCAUCAUUAAUGAGAUCCAAUACACUAUGGUCAACCAUGGCAUGAGCAUUGACAGGAGACACGUCAUGCUGCUUUCAGAUCUCAUGACAUACAAGGGUGAAGUUCUGGGCAUUACUAGGUUUGGCCUGGCCAAAAUGAAGGAGAGUGUGCUGAUGCUGGCUUCCUUUGAAAAGACUGCUGACCAUCUCUUUGAUGCUGCCUAUUUUGGGCAGAAGGAUUCUGUGUGUGGUGUUUCUGAGUGUAUUAUAAUGGGAAUCCCAAUGAACAUUGGAACUGGGCUCUUCAAGCUGCUACAUAAAGCUGACAGGGACCCAAACCCUCCCAAAAGACCCCUCCUCUUCGAUACAAACGAAUUCCACAUUCCUCUUGUCACAUAGCACAUGUUAGAGGACGGAGCAGAGACAGUCCUGAUCUUGAGCUCCCUUUCAGUGCCAUCCUGUCUAGAAAGGAGGGGACUCGGGGGCUGCUGCUGUGGAAAGACCGUGUCGUCCUCCCUGGAGCCGAGCAGAGAGCGCCUGACGCCGGCAUUCCCAGGAGCAGCACCUGACACACGCUGGAUUUCGGGAGACUGUUUGGGGUACUUGAAACAUGCCAACAUUUUUCAGGGCUAAUGACCUGGAAAUUUGCUGCUCUGAAGAAUGUCCUGUUUGAGGCCUCUUUAUGUGGACAUCUGAACACCUAGUUCCUUCCCGUCCUCCCAGAGUGUGUAAGCUCUUGUUUGAGGACUCCUGUUAGACACGCCGCUUGGGUUUCUUCGUGGCAACCCCCUGCUCUAGGGGUGGCUGUUGUUCUUAGCCACUUCGUUGGCUUGAAGUGUCUUCCUCCUGGUGCCACAGUAUCAAGUAGCCAGGAAAGACUCGUGUCUAGCCCCUCGUUUGCCUUUGGAUGCAGGGAUUUCCUGAUGUGAUAUACUCAGGUAAAAAUCAUUACAGUUAUUUAUUUAUUUGGCUUAGAGGAUCAAGUGUUUUUUGUUUCAUUUUGAGCACAAAGAACUACGAAAGCAGCGCUGGAAAAACUGGCUAAAGAGAAGCUGCAGUGCAGGCUUUGUAACAGAGCUUGGAUUCUGUGGAAGCCUCUGGUCCCUCUUGGGACAGGACCUAAUCCACUCUCCCCCUUCUCUCACUUUGCGCAGCGUUCACGUUCUGCUUGAAGACAAAGGGCCCUUCCGAGUUUAAGCAGGGUCUUUGUAGAAUUCAGAGUCUGGAAAGGUAGAGACUAGACCCUUUAUUGGGACCUUUGGUGAACCAAGGACACAGGAAGACAGGGCACAGUUGGCAGGCAGUCCUGCUGCUGCCUUUCCUGUUCCCUGAGCUAUCUUGGUUCUAGCUGCCCUAUCACAAGCCAGAGGACAGGAGGGAAAACAAAUCCAACCAAGAUGAACCACUGGAAGAGAAAGGCCUGCCGAUGACAGGUGGGAAAUUCAGAGAGUAAACCCUGGGGUUUUUUUUAUUUUUUAAAAAUUUCAUUAUUUUUUAUGAAAAUGGUUAGUUUUACCAAGCUUACAAAUUAAAUAUUCUAGGUUAAAUUAAAUGUUUAAAUACUAAAGUAUAUGCAUGUAUGCAUCUUUCACCAUGGGUAGGCCUAUGUAUGUAUAAACAAUGUUGCUUGGUGGGGACAGGGCAGUUUGGGUUUCAGAAGGGACCUAGGUCUAAGUCCUACCUCUGACACACAAAUAUGACAAAGGACGAAUCAUCUGACUCCCCAAUGUCCCCAGGCAGCUGGCUGUGAUUGUAGAUUGUGGAAGAAUUGCCAAAUCUGGCCAGGAGAAGGAGCUACCAUGUCGGUAGUUCCUCACACUGAUAAAAACCACCAGUGCGAGUGACCAAAAAGCAGGGGCUGGAUGGACAUAGGCUCUUACAGACAGGCCUCCUGGCUGGAAAGCACUGGCUUCACCUGUGAAACCUUGAGUGAAUCAACUCAUUGCUCUGAGACCCCAUUUCCCCACCUACAAAAGGAGCUAAACUAGGCCUCCUAGAUCUAAAUCCUGCUGUCCUUUGUGAGUCUUUGAAGGGUCAGAGGGGGCCACACCCGGCAGUGCCGAGCUUCUCAUGGAGGGUGGGGGCAUGUGGAGAUGUGCUGUUACGAGGAGUCCACGUCAGGUCUUUGUACAAAUGAAGCAGCAGGGGGCCCGAGGAGAACCCACUCUUAAUCAUCCGCUUAGAUUGCUGCACAAUAACUGCAUAAUUGCUAGUGCAGUUUUCGGGGCUUUGCAGGGGGUUGUGCGACGUAUGAGAGGAGGGUAAGUAGCCUGCCAUCAAGAGAGGAGGCUGGACUUUGCUCCAGGAGACAACGUGUUCUUUGUGCAGAAUCUGCUCAUUAAGAUUGGCAAAGAGCCAGAGAGAAGAAAUGAAAAAUGGAGACAGCAGCGGCACAGCCCCUCCCUAGAACCUUCCAUGCAGGGCCCCUCCUUUGUCCGUCCCUGAAGGGCUAUGUCCCAUACCCCAGAAAUAUGCCCCCAAGCUCAACGCCUUCCCAGGGACCUGGCCUCAGGGCAAUGCAAGGGCAAAAGGCUGAGACCUUCUUUCUGGAAUGAUUUCAUUUGAACUGUCCCUUCAUUUAGAUGUUAAGUGAGCCGUUAUGGACUUAAAGGUCAUGUGCAUGUGGACAGAUACAAAAAAAAUGAAGGCCUGAGAGAGGUCGAGGGAGAAUCUGGGGAAGGACCACAGAACUGUAAGAUCCAGUGCCUAAGCGUUAGUGUUUGGUGUGGGGAUGUUGGAGGAAGCAUUGAGGAGUGCUUAGGAGGAAUUAGAGGAUUUAAGAGAUGGAAGGAAAGGAUGCUUAAGUGAUCACACCAGGCUAUGAAGUCAGUCUCCUUAAUUCCAAAUUUAGUGUCCUUUCUGUUGUACCAUGCCUGUUCUUGGGACUCCUGUAAUUAUUUUAAAACCAAAUGUACCCAGUUAGCUCUCAGCCGAAGGAAAAAAAAUUUGAAUUAGAAUUCCUGGCAUCAGUUGAAAUGAUUUUUCUUGUUAAUGUAAUGGUCAGUUUAAAAUUUAUAUUACUGGGGGGCAGCUAGGUGGCGCAGUGGAUAGAGCACCGGCCCUGGAGUCAGGAGUGCCUGAGUUCAAAUCCGGCCUCAGACACUUAACACUUACUAGCUGUGUGACCUUGGGCAAGUCACUUAACCCCAAUUGCCUCACUAAAAAAAAAAAUUUAUAUUACGAAAUACAGUUUUCCCACAUCUGCCAUUUGAUCCUUUGAACUUUCUUAAGUAGUCCGACAUGAAUUCUUUUUACAUUCAGUUCAACUGCCCUCAUAAAUGAAAAUGAAGACAUUUGACUCAAAGAUCAGCCAGUGGAGGUUGGGAGUGACCCAUACCUAUUGAGUAACCCUAUUCUCAGGGAAGUAAAGGAUGACCAUUAGUUGUCUCUCAAUGGCUUAUAACUUACAUUGGAGGUGCAUUAUUUUGUUGUCUUGGAUGAUAAAAACAAGCUAUAAGGAUCCAAAUCAUCCAGUCUCCUGGCUGUGCCCUAGGUCAACCAGCUAGGGCAGAAAAUGCUUCUAGUUUGUAGGUUCAAUGCAGAGCUCCAGAGGUUUCACCAAGAACGUGACACCCUCAGCAUGAACUAUCCAUGUUUUAUCCCCCUUUGGUGGGAGACUUUUAAGGCCAGGGCACUGCAGUUACCCAUAGAAGUGGCAGGAUGUAAAUACAGGGACUGAAAAUUCAACCCCUACUUUUCCCUUUUAUGCUAUGGAACGAGAUAUUUCCAGUGAUAUGUUGGCUGUGAGUAAUAAAGUGACUUUACAGUAUAAAUCAAGGCAAGUAUUUUGGAUUCUCUACCUAGGGUUGAGAGCUGUAAGACUACUGUAAUUGUGAUCAAUGACUAUAGUCUAGAGAGUUCUAGAAACCAGUAUACCAUAUCGAGCUCUCUUAAUUCAGAAAAUUAUUCUUGUUUCUGUGAUUGAACGUAAAGCAAGAACUAGAAAGUUGGGAUAGGAUAGCAUGUAGCCUCUCCUCAGCUCCAUUCAGAAGACUGGGAAUUAGGAAUAUGAUGGGACCUGACUGUACUGGUGGCUAUCACACUACUGCUAGCCCUGAUCUCCUCCCCCUUUCUUGCCCUAAAGCCCCACCCUGAAUUUAACAAGAAGCCCUGGUUUGAAAAGGGAUGAAAGUCAUUGCCCACAAGGACACUAGUUGCGUGGCCUUGGGAAGGUCAUUUAAUGUCUCCAAUCCUUUUUUCCUCAUCUGCCAAGUGAGGCUCAAAAAUUCUUAAACUAAUAGAAACAGGCUUAGUAAUUACAGGCAGAUACUUGAAUUCCUCUAUCUUAAAUUGUCCUGAACUAUUGGCCAAAAACAACACAAAAAACCAAAACCUCACAAUAUUGUGAAAUCAAAAUUAGGUGGAUCUAAUGACAACUUGCCAUGGGGAAGCUUCCUGUUGUGUUUUGUGAACAUAGUUUUUUUUUUGUUGUUUUCUCCCAGAUGUUACUAUGGUAGAAAUUGAUUGGAAUAUUUGCUUUUGUGCAGCCUUAGGUCAAAAUUAAUUAUGUGUAUUAUAUUUCAUAUAUUCCAAACUGGAAGCCAAAUGGUGAGUUUAAAAUUUCUGGAAUUAUUUGAAGGAAAAAAAAUCUAAAUUCCAUCUCAUCCAUUAAAAUAUAUUUAUCCUCGAGAAGUGACUUUUUUUAUUCAGUCCUUUGCCCUUUCAGUUCCCUUUUGUACGAAUGAAUUAAAAGUAGUUAUUUGUUUUCAAUUAUGCUCUCCCGCUUUAUAAAGCUCUUGGGGGUUGGAAGUGGGGAGGGAUUGUGUAGAAUCUUUGAAUAUAAAUUGUCAGAGUUAAAAUUAUGGUGCUGUGCUGCUAUUUCAGGGUUUGUCUCAUUUUCCAUCGAUUCAUUUCUGAUUGAACUCGGCAUUUUGUGAAGAUCAUUUUUAUUUAUGAGUGUCUCCCAUUUUGGUUAGCUUUUUAGUGGUACUAAAAUCGAAGCAUCUCCACAGCUCUUUUUGUUUAAAUUUUUUUUUCAAUUAACAGAAAUAGAAUUUCUCCUCCAACCUCCACAUUGGGGGGGGGGGGGAAAUCCUUGUAACAAACAUGCAUAGCUAAGCAAAAAUAAAGUCCUGCAUUGACCAUGUCUCAUUCCUUGACAGGAACCAGAUUGCCUUGGGUUUUAGAACAGGAGAAAGACAGUGUAAAGUACAGUAAUCCAGAGAUUCUGGAAGAAGGAAUUCUGUGAAGUAUAGUAAGCAUUUAGUGGUGGUGCCUGACUGAAAGUAGAUCCCAUAAAACGUGGAGGGCUCUUAUCAAAUGCCCUUUUCUAGUGCCCAGGCGGGGAGAGCAGUCAGGGAGGAUGCAAGGAGGUGGCAGAUUGGAGUUCCCUCACUUGAACUCUCUUCAGUCAAGCACUGAGGGCAAGACAGACAUCUAUUUCCUAGACCAUCUAACCUUUCAUUUGUGCAUAUUAUUUAUAUAUGAGUGUUAUGAGGUACAGAAUUCCAAGAUCACUGAUGAUUGGUCAGAGUUGGAAAGGGCCUUAAAAGGGAGAAGGUACCUUAUACCAGGUUUCACGGAGAUGAAUUGGGUGGAUGGGAUUUGACUAGGUAGAGAGAGAAGAGGGGCCGAGGCAUUGGAGAACAAGAAAGGUGAAGGGAAGGAGGAUGGGUAGGAAAAUGAAAGAUGGUGGGAAGGAGCACAGAGUGAGUGAAGGACGCAAAGGUUGAAUGAAUGGUAAUUGGGGCCUGAUUGUGGAGAGCCUUGAACAGCAAGCUAAAAGGUUGGUUACCUUUGGGGAGAAAUCUUUAGGGAGGCCUAGCUGUGCUUUUGUGUCUGUCAUCUGGAUUCGUGUUUGUGUUUGUGUCGUGAGGAGGGAUAAAACAAGUGACUCUAAAGAUCAUCGACAGUAUUGAGAUGAUGACAUACUCGUGAUGCUACUAGUCUCCCUUCUCUCCUCUGAGAAUUUCCUGAAUUAUCCGCAUCGAUGAAAAAGUUCAGUGGCCUAGAUAGUCCACAGAUUUUUAUUUUUUGUUUUAUUUUAUUCUUUUCGAAUUGUAAUGGUUAAGAGUGUUAUUUGCUGGGUUUGGAGUUUUUGCACU